GCUUUCAACCCCGUGGUGAAGUGUGGGGGCUUUCAAUCCCGUGGUGAAGUGUGGGGGCUUUCAAUCCCGCGGUGAAGUGUGGGGGCUUUCAACCCCGUGGUAAAGUGUGGGGGUUCUCAAUCCUGCAGUGAGUUGACAAAGAGCUAAAAUGAACACGAGAAAGGUGUUUCAGUUGAAUAGCCCGGCUGCGUCAACACCACGGUGCAUGAGGCGUGUCUCCGUGUAGCCUCAGCGCACACCCAGACAGAUUCAUUUGCUGGGGUGUGUGGAGGUGGCUUGGCAGGGUUCAGCGCUCCUUCACAGAACCUCCUCGUUCAGCAUCUGCUGGUAGCGUUGGUCACUGUGCGAAGUCAUCAGCCUGCGAUAGGGACGAACAAUGGGCACGCAGUGGGCGCAGAUCGCCCUGCUCCUCCAGCUGAGCAGCGUGGCGCUUGCAGUUCCAUCAACGAGAACCAUCCAGUUCUCUGGGUACGAAGGCAACGUGUCUUCCCGAGACCAUGUCCCAAACGACACAGAUGUGGAUUUCACCUUCCUCAUUGUGGCCGUCUCCCGAAAGGUCAUCAAAAUCAAGUUUGAAUGGCUCAGCCUGCGGGAAGACGCGGUGUGCGCCAACGAGAGCCUCUCCGUUCUGGACGGAGCAGCGAGGGCCAACGCGCUGGCCGUGCUCUGUGGGACCUCCAUGCCCUCCGUCUCUUUCAAGUCCACGCAGAGCAACCUGACGCUGGUGCUGAGGUCCACGGGGCCCCUUGUGGAAAGGGGCUUCAGGCUCAAGUACAGCUCUGUCACAGCCACGCCAUCAUCUGCAGCCUGCGGAAAGACAUCAGACUGGAGGAACUUCCCUUGGGAUGUGCAGCUGUUCUUCAACAGUCGCUUUGCGGCCAACGGCACGAUUAUCGGCAGGAGGUGGAUCCUAACGACCGCUAAGCAAAUCGUCACUGCCCAAGGCGUCCCGAAAUGGACCAUCAGGUACAGCGAUGGUGUGUUCCACAGCGUGGGAAUCAUUGCAGUGCACAGCCGAUUCAACGCAAGCAUGCACGACUACAACGUCGCCGUGGUGGAGCUGAGCAAAGCAGUGCCGUUCUCGGACGCAGUGAGUGCGGUGUGCCUGCCUCACGCCACGCGGCCUGCCCCUGCUGCAGGGAAAGUCUGCUACCUGGGAAAUGGGUACGGACUUCCCUUGGGAAUACUCAGCCAGAGUGACUGCGCCUCUGCGCAGUUCUACGGCAGCACCGUAUCAAGCCGCAUGCUCUGCGCACAGAACAUUGAGCACAGCGGGUGCUGGGCAAACUCGGCCCAGUCACUGGUGUGCAGAGAGGAGGACGACAGGUGGUAUGUUACUGGCCUGGCCAGCUGGGGCAACCAAUGCAACUACCUACCAGCACGUGCAUAUCCCGGCGUCUUCACUAGGGUCUACAAGUUCCUCGGUUUCAUCGAGGGCAUCGCAAACUGACACCGAAAACAUCGCUCUAAAACGGCUCGGCAUACUCCUCCACCGGAGCAGCGCUGCUACACACAGUGCAUGUCGUCUCCGUGCUAUCCAAACUGGACACGGUUCGCUCAGCAGUCGCCGAGGUACAUCGAGGUGGUAUAUCGAGUUGGGUUUCGUUCACCGCAUCGCCACAUUCGAGGCGAACUGUAGGAUACAUUGUUCGUAGAAACUAAUUUUAAGUAAAGUUGUAGAGGAAUGUCAUGUUACGUACAGUACAUUUAGUACGAGUGUAGUUUGAUGGACACAGUUGA